AUGAAGUUGGAAAAACUUUUUUUCUUCCUUCUUCCUGAACAACGCAAGAAACUUGAGUUAAGAGCUUUCACCUGUCCCGUCUCUCUUCAUAAGCAUCAACGAUAUCCCCGUGAAAACAACGUGAGUGCUUUCAAUUCUGACAUUAAGCCUUUAAAUGCUGCACAUUACAUGGGAAAAUAA